CCCGCUUCCCCGGCCCGCCCUCCCUGCCGCCCUCGCUGUUGCUGCCGCGGCUCCUGCCAGGGGUCCGCGGGGCUGUGGCCGGCGCAGCUGAGGUGCGGCUCGGAGCGGAGGCGCGGGGGCAGUGCCAGGCGCAGGCCAAGAAGGGCUGGGCCGUUCUCCUCGGGAUGCGGCGCUGAGGCCCACUAUGGCCGGCUUGGGCCCCACCUUCCCACUGCAUCGGCUAGUCUGGGCGAACCGGCACCGCGAACUGGAGGCCGCGCUGCACAGCCGCCAGCACGACAUUGAACAGGAGGAUCCCCGAGGGCGGACCCCUCUGGAACUGGCUGUGUCCUUGGGGAACCUGGAGUCUGUGAGAGUCCUUCUUCGACAUAAUGCCAACGUGGGCAAAGAGAGCCACCAGGGCUGGGCAGUCCUGCAGGAGGCAGUCAGCACUGGAGACCCUGAGAUGGUGCAGUUGGUACUUCAGUAUCGGGACUUCCAGAGGGCCACACAGAGAUUGGCUGGCAUUCCAGAACUGCUCAACAAACUUCGUCAGGCCCCUGAUUUCUACGUGGAAAUGAAGUGGGAGUUCACCAGCUGGGUACCCCUUGUGUCCAAGAUGUGCCCGAGCGACGUGUACCGUGUGUGGAAGCGUGGUGAGAGCCUGCGAGUGGACACUAGUCUCUUGGGCUUUGAGCACAUGACCUGGCAGCGUGGUCGGAGGAGCUUCAUCUUCAGGGGCCAGGAGGCAGGAGCCUUGGUGAUGGAAGUGGACCAUGACCGGCAGGUGGUGCACACCGAGACCCUUGGUCCAGCUCUGCAUGAACCGGAAGCAUUGCUGGCUGCCAUGCGGCCCAGUGAGGAACAUGUGGCCAGUCGCCUCACGUCUCCUAUUGUCUCCACCCACCUGGACACUCGCAAUGUGGCCUUUGAGAGGAACAAAUGUGGCAUCUGGGGAUGGCGGUCUGAGAAGAUGGAGACUGUUAGUGGCUACGAGGCCAAGGUGUACAGUGCCACCAAUGUGGAGCUGGUGACACGCACAAGGACAGAGCACCUCUCCGAUCAGGACAAGUUACGGAGCAAAGGGGGGAAGACUCCGUUCCAGUCCUUCCUGGGGAUGGCCCAGCAGCACUCCUCCCACAGUGGGGCUCCCGUGCAGCAGGCCGCCAGCCCCACCAACCCCACGGCAAUUUCCCCCGAGGAGUACUUUGACCCCAGCUUCAGCCUGGAAUCGAGAAACAUUGGCCGCCCCAUCGAGAUGUCCAGCAAAGUGCAGAGGUUCAAGGCAACACUGUGGCUAAGUGAGGAGCACCCACUGUCCUUGGGUGACCAGGUGACACCCAUCAUCGACCUGAUGGCCAUCAGCAAUGCUCACUUUGCCAAGCUGCGGGACUUCAUCACUCUCCGCCUCCCACCAGGCUUCCCGGUCAAGAUUGAGAUUCCCCUCUUCCACGUGCUCAAUGCCCGUAUCACCUUCAGUAACCUGUGUGGCUGUGAUGAGCCUGUGAGCUCCGUGUGGGUCCCCGCCCCCAGUUCUGCUGGUUCUGCUUCAGGUAUGGCUAUAGCUGCAGGAGAGCUAGGUGGCUGUGCGGCUCCCCGAUCAGCCUUGGGGCUGAACGUGACCCCUCUGUUACCCUGCCCAGGAAACCCUUUUCCAUGUGAGGUGGACCCCUCUGUGUUCGAGGUGCCUGAGGGGUACAGUGUGCUGGGCGCUGAACGCAGCGAACCCCUUCGGGAUGAGGAUGAUGACCUGCUUCAGUUUGCCAUCCAGCAGAGCCUGCUCGAGGCGGGCACAGAGGCAGAGCAGGUGACUGUGUGGGAGGCCCUGACCAACACACGGCCUGGCGUUCUCCCUCCUCCCCAAGUCACAGUGUUUGAAGAGCAGCUUCAGCUGGAGCAGGCCCUCCAGGAAAGCCUACAGCUGUCCACAGAGUCCAGGGGUCCAGAAUCUCCUCAGAGGACACCUCCAUCCCCUGCACCCCCAAGCUUUGAGGAGCAGCUUCGCCUGGCUCUGGAGUUGUCUUCAAGGGAACAGGAGGAGCGGGAGCGACGAGGUCAGCAGGAGGAAGAAGACUUGCAGCGGAUCCUGCAGCUGUCCCUCACAGAGCACUGAGCUGCCUGGCCCUAGAAAGGCUCUCCAGGAUCAUUCCUUCUGCCUGUUUUGUAUUUAUUUAUUUAUAAACUGUCUGCUGCUGAGCUUGGGGUCUGGGGUCCCAGAGGUAGGCUGGCAGUGAGGCCGAGGUGGAAAUAAAGAGACCAUCAGCAGUA